CUGUUAGUGGUCUGCUCCAACUACUGGAGGGUGUUGGAUGCAGGGGACUACUCUGUGCUGUGUUCAGUGUCCAGUGAAAAUGACCAGUCCUGGGCUGGAGGACAGUUCAUCUCUGCAGACAGAGUCCUGAUCUGGACUGAAGAUGGAUGCAGUUACAUCUACAAACUACCUGCAAGUUGUGUUUCUGCCAGUGAACACUUCCAUGACGUUGGUAAAACCCAGGAUGGUUCUGUUCCUCCUCUGGUCUACAGCAUCGCAGACCGCUCUGACAAACAGCUGCUCAUCUGUCCUCCUGUGACUCGGUUCUUCUUCGGACGGAGGGAACCCUUCCACAAACUGCUGAUCCAGGGAGACUCUGCAGGACGACUGUCGCUGUGGAGCAUCCCAGACACCUGCUCUGAACAACCACAGACCACCACUGUCGAUCUGCAGGUCUGGUCCUCCAUCAGUCUGCAGGAGGCCUUUGAUAAACUGGUCCCAGUGUCUGCAGGGAUCAUCGACCAGCUGAGUGUUCUACAAGGAAAAGACCAGCCCAUCAAGGUGACCGCCAGCGUCUACAUUCCGUCUCAGGGUCGACUGGUUUGUGGUCGAGAAGACGGCAGCAUCAUCUUAGUUCCUGCCACUCAGACUGCCAUCGUCCAGCUGCUGCAGGGGGAGCACAUGCUCCGCAGAGGGUGGCCCCCCCAUCGGACCCUCCGUGGCCACAGGAAUAAGGUGACGUGCGUGCUGUACCCAUACCAGGUGUCCCCCAGGUACGACCAGCGCUCUCUGGUGUCUGGAGGAGUGGACUUCUCUGUCAUCGUCUGGGACAUUUUCACUGGAGAAAAACACAUUUUCUGUGUCCACGGAGGAGAGAUCAGCCAGCUGAUCGUACCACCAGAGAACUGCAGCACUCGGGUCCAACAUUGCGUGUGUUCCGUUGCCUCGGACCACUCGGUGGGUCUGCUCAGUCUCAGGGAGCGGAAGUGCAUCAUGCUGGCGUCCAGACACCUGUUCCCCAUCCAGGUGAUCAAGUGGCGUCCUGCAGACGACUACCUGGUGGUGGGGUGUUCUGACGGGUCUGUGUACGUCUGGCAGAUGGACACAGGUGCGUUGGACCGCUGGGUCAUGGGCAUCACUGCGGUGGAGAUCCUGAACGCCUGUGAUGAAGUGGCUCCGUCCACUGUGGACGCUCUGAGCCACUCAGCCGUCAAUCUGAAACAGGCCAUGACGAGGCGCCUGGCAGCACUGAAGAACAUGGCAACGCACAAACUGCAGACACUGGCAACCAACCUGCUGGCAACUGACAACGCAGACAAGGGUAACCUGCCCAAAUACUCCCACAAUGCCCUGGUGGUGCAGGCCAUGAAGACCAACGUGACAGACCCGGACAUGCACAUCCUGUUCUUCGACGUGGAGGCGGUGAUCAUCCAGCUGCUGACGGAGGAGGCGCAGCGGCCCAAUCCCACCCUGGUGUCCCCAGAGACCCUGCAGAAGAGCCAGGCGGGGGCCGACAAGGGGGGGUCCUUCCUGGCCAACAAGAUCUUCAAACAGGUGAAGGAGACCAUGAAGGAGACGAUAAAGGAGCACCUGUUGGACGAAGACGAGGAGGAGGAGGAGGAGCAGAGGAGGCGUGAGGAGAAGUCUAAGAGUCUGAGUCUGCUGGAGUACAACCUGACCAUGGACACGGCCAAACUGUUCAUGUCCUGUCUGCACGCCUGGGGACUCAACCUGCAGCUGGACAACAUCUGCAUGGACCGACUGGGCAUGCUCAGACCGCACUGCCCCAUCUCCUUUGGACUCAUCUCCAGGGGGGGGCACAUGUCCCUGAUGCUGCCCACCUUUAAGGAGUCUUUGCUGCGUCAGCUGUCUCUGGCCACAGGCAGGAAGUUGUCUCUGUCGGACAUCGUAGGGAAGGGGACGUAUGGAGUGUCCAGAGCAGUGACCACACAACACCUGCUGUCUGUCAUCUCAUUGGCCAACACUCUGAUGGGCAUGACCAACGCUACCUUUGUAGGAGAACACAUGAAGAAGGCACCGGCCAGACCCCCCAGACCAGGAAACCCAGAGAGCCCUCGCAGGACUACGGGUGCCCCCCCUCAGACCUCCAACCCAGGACUACAGGCCCAGAUCAAACAAGGUUGGAGUCAGCUGGCUGCCAUGCACUGUGUGAUGCUUCCAGACCUUCUGGGCCUCGACAAGUUCUGUCCUCCACUGUUAGAGAUGUUAGCACGACGCUGGCAGGACCGCUGUCUGGAGGUGCGUGAAGCAGCACAAGCUCUCCUAUUGGCCGAGUUAAGGAGGAUCGGCCAAUCAGGGCGUAAGGACACUAUCGACAUGUGGGCGCCGUACCUGCCACAGUACGUGGACGCCGUAAGCUCCCCUGGAACCACCACUGAGCCCUCCCCACCAGCCCCGCCCCCACCUGAGGCUCAGCCAAUAGAAACCAAGGUCCCUGAGGAGGAGCUGGACGUCACCGACGAUGACAUCACAGCAGGUUGUUUGUCUAACCUUCCUCCUAACGUAAAGAAGAUCUCUAACUCGUACGAGGAACGUCGUAAACAGGCCACAGCCAUCGUCCUUCUCGGAGUCAUCGGUGCAGAGUUCGGAGCUGAGAUCGAACCUCCUAAAGGUUCAGCCCGAGCCCGACCCGGAGGACAGGCACCUGAAGGGUUCGGCCUGAGCAGUGGGGGGUCCAACUAUUCACUGGCACGGCACACAUGUAAAGCGCUGACUUUCCUGCUGCUCCAGCCCCCCAGCCCUAAACUGCCCCCCCACAGCACCAUCCGACGCACCGCCAUCGACCUGAUUGGCCGAGGCUUCACGGUGUGGGAACCAUAUAUGGACGUUUCUGCAGUUCUGAUGGGACUGUUAGAGCUGUGUGCAGACGCAGAGAAACAACUGGCAAAUAUCACCAUGGGUCUGCCUCUGAAUCCACCUGCUGACUCCGCCCGCUCAGCUAGACACGCCCUCUCUCUGAUCGCCACAGCCCGCCCACCAGCAUUCAUCACAACCAUCGCCAGAGAGGUGCACCGGUUCAAUGCGGCCCAGGCUAACUCUCAGUCUCAGCAGAACGUCCACACCUCCACUCUGUCCAGAGCAAAAACUGAAAUACUGAGAGUCAUCGACAUCUUGAUUGAGAAGAUGCCUGGAGACGUAGUGGACCUGCUGGUGGAGGUGAUGGACAUCAUUAUGUACUGUAUCGAAGGUUCACUGGUGAAGAAGAAAGGACUGCAGGAGUGUUUCCCAUCCAUCUGCAAGUUCUACAUGGUCGGAUACUGCGAUCGCAGUCAUCGCAUCGCAGUCGGAGCUCGUCAGGGUUCAGUCGCUCUCUACGAUGUUCGCACGGGAAAAUGCCAGAACAUCCACGGACACAAAGGACCAAUCACAGCCGUGUCCUUCGCCCCCGACGGACGUUACCUAGCAACCUACUCCAACGCUGACAGCCACAUCUCCUUCUGGCAGAUGAACACCAGUCUUCUGGGCAGUAUUGGGAUGUUAAACUCCGCCCCCCAGCUCCGCUGUAUUAAGACCUACCAGGUUCCUCCGGUCCAGCCCGCUUCCCCUGGGUCCCAGAACCACCUGAAACUGGCCCGGCUCAUCUGGACCUCCAACCGCAACGUCAUCCUGAUGGCCCAUGACGGCAAGGAGCACCGCUUCAUGGUCUAGACCUGGACCCCUAAAGACCCCCAUGGACCCAGACCCUGACCUGGACCCUUCCAGACCCCCACAGACCCAGACCUGGACUCUUCCAGACCCCCCCCCCCCCCCCCCCCCCCCAGGUCCAGGUCUGUCUUAGUUUUCUUUAGUCUUUUAUUACAGUUCAGACUCAGUUCAGGGGUUUGUUUGUUUAUUUAUUUUGUUUACAUUCUGAUUUAAUCCUAAAUAUUUUCCAGUCUGCACUCAAACAUUCCUCUGUAAUUAUUAUUAUUAUCAUUAUUAUUAUUAUUAUUAUCCUUUCCUCUUCCACAUAUUAAAUAUUUGUAGUUUUUCGCUCUUUUCUUCGCUGUCGAACUUUAUGUGAAUAUAUUUUUCUGAUGUGAAUUCUGUUCAAAACUUUGCAGUUUUUUUCUUUGUAUGUGAUGAAGUUUCAGACUCUGAUCCUGGUUCUAUUCCUGGUUCUGAUCCUGGUUUGGAUCCUGGUUCUGUUCUGUGUUUAUAAACUCACUGGUUCCAGCUGUA